GGCUGUGCAGCUGAUCCUGAGAUGAACUGUAUGAACAGUGUGUUUUGAGGCCAGUUGCUGCUGCGGCUUUAAGCCCGUCGUCUGGGAUGGGCUGAAUUCAUAACGUCAUUUCAGUUUUUUUUUUCUUUUAUUCUUCGCCCCCUCAUCUCCUUCCUUCUUUUAAAUGACACAGCCCCCGUGCUCCGUUACACCUCCGGCCAUAUUCUCCUCAGAAUGAUUAUUCCAAACUUCCUCGGUGUUUUUCUCCCCGCGGGGCUUUUUUCCGGGGCCUCAACUUUUCUGACGUGUCAUCAUUUCUGGAGUUAACGCGGCGCGGAGUCAUCCGAGGCGACCGGAUCCCGCUCCUCUCGGGCUUCUUGAAGAAAUUCAGAGAAGCAGCUCAGGAGUUUUCUCUUAACCCGGAGCCACCGCUGCUCAGCUGAACGAGGGCGCGUAGGAAUCUGCAAAAAAAAAAAAAGAAAAAAGAAAUGACGACGCUAAGGAAAUUAAGGUCUUCAGCCCAGGGAUGUUUAUGUUAACGCAAAGCCUGGUCUGAUUCAGCUCCUCCUCAUCAAAAUGAUGUUUUCUCCCCUCUCUCUGUCUCAGGAUGAGUUCCAUCCGUUCAUUGAGGCUCUGCUGCCCCAGGUCCGUGCCUUCGCCUACACAUGGUUCAACCUCCAGGCCAGGAAAAGGAAGUACUUCAAAAAGCAUGAGAAGAGGAUGACUAAAGAAGAAGAGAGAGCGGUUAAAGACGAGCUGCUGGGGGAGAAGGCAGAGGUGAAACAGAAGUGGGCCAGCCGCCUUUUGGCCAAGCUGAGAAAGGACAUCCGACCUGAAUGCAGAGAAGACUUUGUCCUGUCCGUCACCGGGAAGAAAGCAGCGUGUUGUGUCCUGUCGAACCCCGACCAGAAAGGCAAGAUGAGACGCAUAGACUGUCUUCGACAAGCUGACAAGGUGUGGAGGUUGGACCUGGUGAUGGUCAUCCUGUUUAAAGGAAUCCCAUUGGAAAGCACAGAUGGAGAGCGGCUUGUGAAGGGAGGCCAGUGCUCCAACCCGAUCCUCUGCGUCCAGCCUCGACACAUCUCAGUCUCCGUCAAAGAGCUCGACCUUUACCUCGCUUACUACGUACAGGAGAGAGAGGCAGACCAGAGCAGCAGUCCCAGUCGUACAGGAGUGGGUUCGGAUCAGGAGGACAGUCGCACCACGACCAUGGAUGGUCCUGAGUUCCAGGAGAGUUUUGUGACAUCAGGAGUUUUCAGUGUCACUGAGCUGGUCCAGGUUUCAAGAACUCCAGUCGUCACAGGAGUAGGACCUAGUUUCUCUGUGGGGGAGCUCCAGGGUCAUCUGGCCUAUGACCUCAACCAGUCUGUCAACCAGUCUGUCAACCAGCCAGUUAGCCUCAGACGAUCACUGGCCAGCACCUCAUCCAGCGGCAGUAAACGUCAUAAGUCUGGCUCUAUGGAGGAGGAGGCUGACAGUCCUGGAGGGGAGUAUUACCACUCGCCUUCCUCCCCUGCCAGCAGCUCCAGGAACUGGACAGACGACAUGGAAGGAGGUCUGUCUCCUCCAGUGAAGAAGGCAGAGAUGGACAGUCCCUCUCCCCAGGAAGACUCACCAAGACUUGGAUCCUUCACUCAGCACCACCGGCCAGUCAUAGCUGUUCACAGUGGUCUGUCUCGGAGUACCCACCCCUCCUCCUCUCUUCAUUUCCCAUCAUCCUCCUAUUUCCCCCAUGGAGCAAUCCGCUAUCCUCCUCACCUGGCCCAGGACCCCCUGAAAGAUCUGGUCUCAUUGGCCUGCGACCCUGCCAAUCAAACCCCCAGCUCCCUCAACGGCAGCAACCAGAUUAAAGUGCCCAGUCACUACAUCUCCUCUCAGAUGUUGGCACCACCUGGACCGGCACCCUCCCUGGCCCCUCCCCCAUCCUCCCUCCCCAGGCCGACGCUGCCCGCAGAGUCGAAGGCCACCACCACCUCCUCUGACGGGGGAGCAAACUCCCCCACGUCACCCACUUACUCGGCCCCUGGGACCCCCCCUGCCAAUCGCUCCUCCUUUGUUGGAGUCACCCCUCGAGACCCAGGUGGACUCUACCAAGCCCAGUCCUGGUAUCUGGGCAACUGAGCGAGCUGUGGAGGAAGGGUGCCUGUCACGGCAGCGCUAUCCUGGAGGAGAGGAAACAAUGUUGUCCAGACGUUGGCAGAGGAAAAAUAUAUUCAGCUUUGUAGAAGCAUAACGUGUGGUCAUACAUAUAUAUAAAUAUACAGUGAGGUGUAUUUACAUAUGUGUAUGUGCCCAGAAGAGGCAGCCUGGAUGGAAGAAGUACGCUGCUCUCACUCAGCCAUUUUGCAGCCCCAGAAUGUACUACGCUCUAUGACACUAAAUGGUUCUCACGAAUGGCCACUGACGGGAGUUGUUGCACUCUUCAAGUGGAAGCAACGGAUUGAUGCAGAUGUCUGGUCGGUCCAGAUGAACUGGAGACCAGAACCAGGCCUCAACACACCAGAUCCUGAGAAGCCUAUAACCUAACUGUGUCCCCAGGAUGAGGCCUGUUUCCCUGGGAUGGAUGUCAGCCUUUACCCCUGCACCCUGGUUCUCUACACUAAGUCCAGUACCAGGCCUCUUCCCUGGGACAGACAUAGACCUCACCCCCCCCUCAACACCCAGAAUGCCCCCUCCGCUGCAGGUGCUGCUUAUAAUAUAUGCAAAUAAGCCUCCCUUAUUUUCUGAACCAACUAGAAAGAGAGAUCCUGUUGUUAAUAUGUAAAGUUUCUUUGCACUUUUUGAUAUGUUAUUGAUACGUCUGAAGAAAAUUAAGAGUUGAAACGACGCAGUUUUUUUCUCUCUUCCCACCAAAAGACAGAGGCUUUGUCUUUUUUAUUGACAAUCAUCAGCCUGAAACCAUUAAGUUGCUUUGCAAGGAUCAUGUUUUUAAGACUGAUUGUGCUUUUUUUAUCAGAAAACAAUGAGUAAUAGUGGAAUAUAA